AAACAAAACACAUGUGUUUUCAAGUACUUGGUCACCCGAUGGACAACAACAACAACAACGGCGAUCAUAAUAUCAUUGACGAUGAAGUGGCCGAUGAUGACGACAACAGCGGCGGCGGUGGCGGAAAUGAUGACCAGUCAAUGACUACCGGUGGCAGUGGCGGCGGCCGUCCGAAGUCAUUGGUCCAGUUGUACGCCCAACGAACCGAUGCGUUGGCCAUUAUUAAGACACGUAUAGCCAAUCAUUCGGUAGCCGUUAUAACACAUCCGGAAAUCAAUAUGAAUCGGCUGAGAGAUUUGUUGGCCAUGUUUGACAUCCGAUCCGAUGACAAACAGUACGGAUUGGUAUUUUUUUCCGUACAAAAGUUGGUCGCAUUGGCUGCCGCCGAGGUAUUCAAAGAUAUUUUGCCGAACUAUAGGGUUAAGGAAAAGAUUAACGAAGAAGAAGACGAGAAGAAUGCCCGACGAAAAAACUUUCAGCUGAAAAAAGAGACGAAACGUUUGCGCGAAUACGAGAAGACUUUGAUCCAAUUGUAUCGUUUGUUUUUGAAUCGUUUGAAUCGUAUGGUCGAUGCCGUACGCUAUCGGCCGAAAAAAUCCCAGAAGAAAAACGUGGCCCAGAAAUCGGAUUUCUAUGACCAGAUGGGUGUCAGCGAUCGGGCGAAACAACGUUUGGCUAUUAUUGGUGUUAAAUGUUUGUCCCAAUUGGUGUUAACACAUCCGCACUUCAAUUUUCGUCAACAAAUUGUCGAAACUUUAGUGCAGUUGAUGGCCAAUACCCGGGUAGCGGAGUUGGCCGAUAUUAGCUGUCAGACUGUCGAACGUAUCUAUCGAUCGGAUAAAUUGGGCGAAAUAUCGGCGGAAGCAGUCAAAGAGACGGCCAAACUGGUCAAACAGCGUAACUAUCGACUGCCGGCCCGCGUAUUGCGUACACUACUGGCUCUUCGUAUCAAAGAAGUGAACGGUACGGAAGAAAAAAAGAAAGAUAUGAAAGAAUUGCGCAAUCGAUUGGAUUUGAUGUCACGUAAGGAACGUAAACGCAAUAAACGGAUGCAAAAGAUGGACAACCAGUUGCUGGAAACCGAAGCCCAAGAGAGCCAUCAGCGACGGCUUGCGUUUCAUACGGAAAUAUUGAAUCAGAUAUUUGUCACCUACUUUAGGAUAUUGAAACACCAAUCGGAGAUCAACUAUGGCAGCGGCGGCGGUGGUGGUGGUGGUAAUCAUACCGAUGAUAUCAAAUCGUUUAACGUAUUGUUGACACCAGUACUGGAAGGACUGUCCAAAUUUGCACAUCUAAUCAAUUAUGAAUUUUUCGACGAUCUAAUCGGACACAUGUAUCGGCUGAUACACGACAAGUGUCUGGACAGUCGCCAAACGUUUCACUGUUUGCAAACCGUUUUUACUAUACUAUCCGGCGAAGGCCAGGCACUGAACAUUGAUUUUCAUCGUUUCUACGCUGAACUCUACGGUAAACUGAUGGCCAUCGACUGUACAACCGAUACGGAUGACGUCCGGGUAUUACUUAGUUGUUUGCAUUCAAUGAUUAUCAAACGCAAGAAACAGAUGACCCAGAAUCGGGUCCUGGCGUUCACCAAACGAUUGGCCACUAUAUCGCUAAACUCUGGCUACGAAACAACUGUAUCAUUGCUGGCCGUUGUUCGCCAGAUAAUGCAGAAUCACAAGUACAGCGAUAUCCUAUUGGACUCGGAGGACACUGUAGGCAGUGGCCUAUAUCAGCCCGAUGUUGACGACCCGGAACACUGCAAUGCUAACAGUACACAGCUCUGGGAGUUGACAGCAUUGACCAAACACUACGAACCGCUGGUCAGGCAAUACUCCCGACAUAUUAUCAAUGGUUCAUCGGGUAAUGAAGUAUCGUUUAAUGUAUUGAAAAGAUUUCCAUCGGAAUUGUUGGACGAGUUUACCGACUCGAUUGGCGGCAGUGACUACAAUUGGUUUGUCCAGCAAACCAAUCAACCCGUACGGAAAAAAUUGAAAUUUAAUUUUUCAUUAAUCAAUUCGGAUGAUAGCCUAACAACUAAAUGCUUGAAUUAUUUGCAAAACAUAUAA